AUGACUGAAUGGCAAUUACCCAAUUUAAUGACACAUUUUACACAAAAUGUGGAUGGUGAAAGAGUUGCCACUCUUCAAUCAAUCGAACAGUAUUAUAAUAGAAGAAUAAUUCGAGAAAAAGAAGAAAUUAUUCAAUUAAAAAACUUAAUUGAUCAACAAUUUUUAGUGAUAGAGCGAUUAAACAUAAAAGAUUCCGAUUUAAGACAUAAAACUAAAAAAGAUCCAGAAAAAAAUCUUUCAGAUGAAUAUGAACAAUAUACAUCUGAACAAACAGAUAAAUACUCUUCAGUUUUGAAGGAAGAAAACGAUUUCAAAGAAUUCUUAACACAUCAUCCAUAUGCAUCCGCUACAUUAUUAGAUCCAGCUUUCAAUUUAGACUCAAACAAGACAGGUGAAACAAUUCAACAAUUCUUAACAGAUAAAAGAAACAAUUUUUAUACGAAUUUAUUUGUAGAAAUCAAUUCAGCAUCAAAUUAUUUUAAUUAUUACAAUAACUUCUUGAGUUCAGCAAAUUACCUUGACUUUAGUGAGAAAAUUGGUUCAGAGUUAGCAAGUAUAUUUAAAUUCAAGAGAGCUAUCUUAUUUAAUUACAAUAAAAAAGCAUCUCAAAUAUCCGUAAACAAACAACGACUUACAAUGAAUUAUUCACUUGAUAAAGGAUUAAUAAAAGAUGCAGCAGAGACAGGAAAGCGUUAUUUCAUACAGAAACUCUCAAAAAAUGCAGGAUCAGAUGAUUUUGCAAUUUUAGGUCGUUCUGAUAAUAUUUGGGUUGUUCCCAUACCAGAACUAUCAAAUGUUAUAAUAUUAUAUGAUACGGAAGAAGUCGUAACUGCUUCAAAAGACUUAUUAAUUUCAAAUAUAAUUGAAAUCCUGAAACAUACUAAAUCUCUUGUUGAUAUUCGUGAGCAGCAUCUCUCAUACUUAGCAGAUUAUCAACUAAUGAAUGACGAACUCAUCAAAUUAUCAUCAAUUGGUGACAUGAGGAGUUUUUUACAACUUUUAACAAGAAAUCUUGAAUCUUCUUUCGAAUGCGAAGCUGUGAAAUUGAUCAGGAUUAGGAGAAACAGAAAUUCAAUGACGAAAUACGGAAUGUCGAAGGAAGACAAUGUAAUCACUCCUCUUUCUACUGGUUUGUGUUCUUCCUCUUUUUUGCAUCAAAAAACAAAAAUUUUUGAAAAUCCUGAACUUUUGUCAGAAUUUGACAGAAGAGUCGACAGAGCUGAGCGAUCGAUAAAAUCGAAAUCAAUGAUGUCUGUACCAGUCUUCACACUGGAUAGCAGCAAAAGAGUCAAAUGGCUGUUGGUUUUUUAUAAUAAAAAACGUACAAACGGUUUUUCAGAAAAAGAUCAAUUCAGAGCGGAAAUUUUUGCAGAAUUUUUCGUUUCCCUUGCGAAGAACGUUCUAUUGACAGCCAAAAUGAACGAAAAACUUAGAGACACAACGACAGAAGUCAAAGAGAUGAGAAUGAAACAAAAAUUUGUGUCAAAAGUUCAAAAAGUGACAGAUAUUGAAGAAAUCACAACUAAUUUGACGGAAAACACGAAAGAAUUAUUAGAUUAUGAUAUUCUGAGCACACAUAUUGCUGACUACAAGCAUUGGAGAUUGGACGGAUUAGGAAUUGAUGGAAGAAUAUCGAGACCAAUUAAUUCAAGAGAUUCAAAUCCAACAAUGAGAUUUAUGUUGACGAGAUCAUUGUCAAUUUGCUCUUCUUCACCACAAGUAUACUCUCCUUUGAUUGAUUCAUCAGAUAGAGUUGUAGGAAUCUUAGUUCUCAAGUCAUCAAAACAACCAAAACAAGAAAGAAAUUUGGGAGCUUCAUUUUUGAGAACAAAUUUAAUGUUGAAACAAAUUUCGAAUGCAAAAGUUGUUAAAGAAUUAUCUGGUUUAGCACAGCACCAGCUCGCUCAAUUCUCUACAAUGGUACCAAGAAGAACAAGAGCUGUUGUUGAAAGUUACUCAAAAUUGCUCUCAAAAUUUGUAGAAAUGGAUAAAAAUUUGAGAGAAAAUCAUAUAAAAAGUGACACUUUAAUUCGAUUUUCGAUGAAUUACAAUGACUUCCCUCCUGAAUUCAACAGGAAAUUCAUCAGCGCAAUAUCAAGUAUCACUGGUCACAAACCAAUCUAUAAUGAUGACAUUCUUUCAAUUGAUGAAGGAAAUCUUAUGAGUAGAAUUUUUUCUGCAGGAUUUAAAUGCAAAAAUCUUGUAAAAAUGGAAGUUUCCGAACGACAGUCGAAUUAUGUUAAGCCAACAGCAACUAUUUUGUACUUGACACAUAGUUUUGAUCAAAGAGUUUUGGAUGAUACACAAAUUGUCAAUGUUUUGGUUGACAUUGCUUCUGAUUUUGAAGUUUUGGAGUUUUUCGGAUGCGACAGAAAGACUUUUUGUGAUUUUAUACAAAAAGUUAGAUCAUUUACUAAUAAUAAUGGAUUUAGGAACUGGAGACUUUCAUUUGAUCAUUUACAUUUCUGUUUCUUUUUGAUGCAUUCUUUCAAUGCUGUUUCUAAAAUGACGCCAACAGAAAAAGCUGCUCUUUAUUGUCAUUUCCUUUGCUUGUAUUCGAAUCCAUUUGAAGCAGAUGAUCUUCAGGUAUCAGUCAAAGUAUUCGCUUUGUGUAAUUUAAUCUCCAAUUUAGAAACAAGAAAAAUCAUGUCAUUUAUGGACCUUUUGACAAAAUUGGAUGAUUCAGAUAAAAGCGAAGUGAUCGGAUCAUCAAAUGCAGCUGUUCUUAUGGCCGCUUUGAGUAGAUAUUCUUAUAUCGGAAGAGAUACUGAGAGGGCACAAAAAUACUGCGAAAUGAGAUUCAGUGAAGAAUUACAUGAUGAACCAAAAGAAUUCUUUAAUGAUUUGAUGAAAUCUAUUAUUGAUGUUGAGACAAAGGUUGUUGUUUUCCCAGCAUUGGCUGAAUUGCUUAGAGUUGGAUUUGAAACAGAUCCAAUGAAGAAGAUAAUUACUGAUAUCAUGAACAUUCUAACCAAAUAA